UUUGCUGACAAAUGUUAAUUACAUUACAUCCUUAUUCUCAAUUAGUUUUCUUAUAUUCGAAAGAUUAAAUAAUCUUGAAUCAUCAUCUCAUUCUUGGUAUCCUUUAUCAUUACAUUCCUUUUUAAUCAAAGAGUCGAGCGUCACUAUGGACGGAGGACGCAGGCGAUUUUUCUGCGUACCGCCCCCCUUUUACUACUAAAUUUUCAGCCGUGGCAGCCUAGGAGUAUUUCACAGGAGAAAAGGCUAUAUAAGCGCGUUGGUUAGCUUCGUCCCUCGUAUCACCACGAAAAGAUCCUCAGAGGAUAGGUGCUAAGUUUCUAUGAAGUUGACCAGUUUUUCUGCCGCAUAACAUGGCGUUUAAAAGACACAGGAUUGGAUCAAGUUCUCUUAAGCAAUGCAAGUCUCGGAUCUGCUCACCCCCCUCCCUAGCUUCGAAUAUUAGGGGCCUGAGUGUCAUGGAGCAGGGGGGCAAACGGCCCUUCUUCCGCCUAGCCAACGGACGAGUGAACAGCGGAACGGAAGAGUCGGUGGCGGAGGUAAUGGUUCCGCCCUUGUGUCGCCACGAUUCCAUCAAAAUCUCCAUCGACAAUACCAACACUUGUACUGACUCAGUGGUGACUGCACUCGGGGACCCUGUAAACGAUUACAUCACACCAGAGAUCAACUUCAAAAAGGAGGAGGCGGAAGGGGACUCGCUCUACGGAACCCCCAAAGAGGAGCUGGGCCCUGUGAUCGGCGAAGCGAAGGCCUCCUUCAUGCGGAGUCAAUUGGAGGCCCUCUUCCAGCCCUCCGAUAACAAACUCGCCAUGAAACUCUUCGGCAGCAAGAAAGCGCUCAUGAAGGAGAGGAUACGGCAGAAAGCGGCUGGGCACUGGGUCAUACAUCCCUGCAGCAAGUUCAGGUUAUACUGGGAUUUAUGUAUGCUGUUCUUCCUUGUCGCUAAUCUCAUCGUCCUUCCGGUGGCCAUCUCUUUCUUCAACGACGACCUGUCCAUCCGAUGGAUAGCCUUCAACUGCCUGUCGGACACCGUCUUCCUCCUGGACAUCCUUGUAAAUUUUAGAACGGGUAUUAUGAACCAAGACAACUCCGAGCAAGUGAUUCUGGACCCUGGUCUUAUAGCAAGGCAAUACCUGAGGACUUGGUUCUUUCUCGACUUGAUAAGUUCCAUCCCUCUGGACUAUAUAUUUCUCAUAUUCAACCAGGACUACGAAGAAAACUAUCAGCUUCUGCAUGCGGGGAGAGCCUUACGAAUCUUAAGAUUGGCAAAGAUGCUCUCCCUUCUCAGGCUACUGAGGUUAUCGAGACUGGUCCGGUAUGUCAGCCAGUGGGAAGAAGUUUAUUUCCUGAACAUGGCAAGUGUGUUCAUGAAGAUCUUCAAUUUGAUCUGCAUGAUGCUUCUAAUAGGUCAUUGGAGUGGUUGCCUUCAAUUCCUUGUACCAAUGCUACAAGGAUUUCCGCCCAAUUCUUGGGUCGCCAUCAACGAACUAGAGAAUGCCUAUUGGUUAGAGCAAUACUCUUGGGCCUUGUUCAAGGCUAUGUCUCAUAUGCUAUGCAUCGGCUACGGCAGGUUUCCGCCACAAAGUCUCACUGACAUGUGGCUCACACUACUCAGUAUGAUCAGCGGCGCCACUUGUUAUGCCCUCUUUCUUGGGCAUACCACGAACUUAAUACAAUCCCUUGACUCCUCCAGGAGACAGUACAGAGAGAAGCUGAAACAAGUGGAAGAGUACAUGGCAUAUAGGAAAUUACCGAGGCAGUUAAGGCACAGAAUUACUACAUAUUUUGAGCACAGGUAUCAGGGGAAGUUUUUCAACGAAGAGGAAAUACUAUCAGAGCUCUCCGAAAGACUUAGAGAGGAUGUGAUCAACUAUAACUGCCGCUCCUUGGUGGCUUCUGUACCCUUCUUCGCAAACGCGGACCAGAAUUUCGUGAACGACGUUGUAACUAAGCUGAAAUAUGAAGUGUUUCAACCUGGUGAUAUUAUCAUUAAAGAAGGAACAAUCGGUACGAAAAUGUACUUCAUCCAAGAGGGCAUUGUCGAUAUCGUCAUGUCCAAUGGGGAAGUAGCUACUAGCCUCUCCGAUGGGUCCUACUUCGGAGAAAUCUGCCUUCUGACGAAUGCGAAGAGAGUAGCGAGCGUCCGCGCCGAGACGUACUGCAACCUGUUCUCUUUGUCGGUGGAGCACUUCAACGCCGUCCUGAACAUCUACCCGCUGAUGCGUCGUACUAUGGAGUCGAUCGCGGCGGAGCGCCUCAACAAGAUUGGCAAGAACCCCAGUCUUGUCUCGAAUCGCGAGGACCUUCAACACGACCUGAAGGCCGUGAACGCCAUCCUCUCCACGCAGCCGGCAGCGGACUAUGACAGCAGCGAAGAGGAGUAUGACAGCCGGCCCUUCCGCAACAAGAAGCUCAAGAAGCACUCAGUGGCCAUGGGCGUCUCCUUGGGAAUGCCCAAGACGCUGUUCAAUGCCCUGCCGAGGCCCAAGUCCGAGAGCUGCUUCAAUAACAUGGAGCAGACGGGGCGGCCGGAAUCCAGCUGUCUGCAGCGAUCAGAGACAUUUUACCAGUCGACGAGUCUGGCGCCGCCGGACAGCAGCGGUCAGCUACGGCCGUGAAUAACCACCGUGCCUCUUUUACCACCCCUCUGAACUCAGAAGAGAUGGGCCCUAAGUGAGCGAGUGCCUCACUCGGUUGUUCUCUCUAGUAGCCACUGGCUAAGAUCCACACGCCCGUUGACGAAGUAGCAAUGAUAGCAAAGGAAAUAGCAUUUCGAAAGCUCACUAUGACAUUCAAAUUUAGCCGAAUCAUUCAAAUUAAUUCAUAAUAUUCAGAUUUCACUCAUUUUUAUAAGCAUUUUAAAUCAGAAUUCUAGACCAUAAAGCAGUAAGUUUAUGUUACUUUACUUUAUAACACUUAUGUAGUAAGUUUCAUGAAUCAAAAUAUCAUAUCUAUUUUUUUUAAAGUAAUCUGUCGUAGACAGUGACAAUUUAAACACUUAAAUAAGAAAUCCAAAAUAAUUUUAAAGUUAAAAUUUUAAAAUCGCCUUUAUUUAUAUUUAUGUAUAUAUAUAUAUAUAUUUCGUUUCACUAGUAUAAAAAUUUCAAUUCUUUCAUCAGGAAACACAUACCAUUCGAUGUAUGAUAUACAGUUUCGUUUUCAUCAUUCUCCUUUAAAAUGUGAAAGAGAAAGGAAAGAAAAGAAAUGCAAUGUAUCGAUGAAAAACGCGGGUUAUGAAUCACAGAGUGAUACGCCACACCAAAGGCCAUCUGAAAAUAAUGUGGCUUUGUCGAAGAAUGGCAUGUGGUGGACCGAGUGGGGCACGAAUCCCUUCGGUGGUGCAAACUUCAUAUAAAAAUGUCACAGCAAGAGACUCUGUGGCAGAUUGUACAUAGCUGUAGAAAAAAAUAGCCAAUUGUAUAGGAAUCUAUUUUUUUCUGUACACGACUUUUACGUAAUGCACAAUCAACGUAGAAGCCGGUCGUCGAUGGACAGUGACGGCUCUGUAAAAAAGAACUUAUGUGAAUUAUAGAAAAAGAAAUUUUUAUACGGAUAGAAUAAUAUAAAUAAUAUGUUUAUUUGUUGUAAAUUGCUGUGUUUCAGCUCGUCGGAAGGCCUUAGUGAAAGCCUCGCAUUGCUUCUUUUUUUCGCACUCAAGAUACAUGUUUAAUUGUCCUUCUAAACAUAAUUUCUAUUUGAAGAAUAGGGUAUUAUAUUUCUAGAAAGAAAAUUUCAUGAAAAAAGUUAUAUCGUUUUUUUAAUUAGGUUCAAUUUAUUUUAAGUGCAACCAAUCCAGUUGCAUAGAACUUGAUUCGAAAAAGAUAAUAAACAAUUGUCUUUUGUGAAUGGAACAAGCUAAUAAUUCCAAGUUUACACGUAUCUAUUAGACAGCAGAAGAAAAAAAAUAAAUUUACAUUAAAAUGACUUUCAGUUCUUCGUGUAUUAACAGAUUCUGCACACAAAAUAACUUUAUUUCAGUAAUUGACACGUCAACAGGCUUUAUUAAAAAAUAAUAAUAAGUGUCUGUAAAAUUCUCUCUGUCAUAUAUGUCUUUAAAAAACAUAUAUGGGGAAAUCUCCACUUUUUAUUCUUGUCAAAGAAUUUACAUAAAUUAAGGGGAAAAAAUGCAUGUGCACUUACAAGUUGUAUUUUAUCCAAUUAUUGUUAAUAUUUUGAGCAACAUUUAAACUGUUAUUUAAACCUUCCUGUUUUGUUUUUUAACAAAAAUUCAAUUCAAAAUCUAAAUUAAUCUUAUUUAUACUCAUUAUAUACUUGAUUUGAAACGAAACAAUAGAAGAAAAAAGCGGCUUGAAAUUUUAAUUUUUUCAUCAACCAUAUCAGUAGUUCAUCUAUUGACAAGAAAUUCACACAAAAGCAUAGAUGAUUUUGAAAGAAAUGAAAUAACUCAUCUUGAUUUUUUUAAAAAGAAGUAAUGCGAGAUCAAACAUUAUUGUUAGAGAUUUGUAGAUUAGGAAUUAUAUAUUUUAGGUACUGCGUAGUCCGUAGGAGUUUAGCAUGGAAUCCAGUGUAAUGAGCUUAGCCUUUUUCAGCCAUCGAUGUGAAUUUUAUUUUUGUAGGAAAUUUAAUUUCAAUAGCAGUGAGAUUGCAUACAAAAGGAAGAUGGCAAGAAAAAUGUAAUGGAUGGUUAUGCUCAAGAAUGCCCCCGACAAAAAAAUAAAAAGCCAAUACUUUUUUUUUAUCCUUUACUGUAUACUCAUAUAUUCAACCUAAAAUACAAAAAAAGGUGGGUUUUUUUUUUUUUUUUUUUGUAAUGAUUUAAGUAAACGACCACAAAUUUGUGAUGUUUAGAAAUAUCAAAACUUUUAGUUCAUGGUUCAUGUUUUAACUCAUUUCAGACAAUAAAUGAUAUUUUGAUAUUUUUAAUCUGUAAAGGUUGCCAGACAUAGCAAAAUGUUAUCCAUUAUUGUCUAUAACUCAUCAGUAUUCAAAAAUCAUUAAAAAAAUCAUUUUUCAUAUUUCAUUUUUGAUAGCGAAUUCAAUUCUAUUACUCAGCAGUAAAUCAAAUUUAGCAGAACUUUAAUUAAAUGAAUGAAUUAGAAUAAAUCCUUCAAUUCUAUA